AUGGCGGCCCAUGCCCAUGAGGACACGCUCACGCCGAUGGAGACCAUCGAGGGCUCGCCCAAGCGCGAGUGCAAGCUGCAGCCGCCCAGCCUCAAGCGCGUGGUGCUCAACCCGCGCGCGUACCUGACGCCCUUCGUGGUCUUCAUAAUCUUCCACCACCUGCCCAUGUUCCUGGCCUACGCACUCAUCGACAAGCCGCACGAGGGCUACGAGGGCUGCCACCGCCUCAAGGAGCUCUUCCGCUGGCUGCACGCGUCCUUCCUCUUCCACCUCGUGCUGGCCGCCAUGAUGUCCGCGGCCGUCGUCUUCACGCUCGUCACGCGCGUGUACCACGAGCGGCGGCCCGAGGGCUGGCUCAUCCUCGCCAUCUUCCUGGGCUACUGGGCCAACCUGGGCUGGACCAUCUACGGAGAGGCCUCUUUUCGCACCGACACGAGCGUGUGCGGGGACGUCAACUGGGAGCAGGUGCAGGACCGCGCCGACUCGAUCGGCUACUUCCAGCACUUCGACUUUGUCUUCACGCUCUGCAUCAUCGGAGCGGGGGCCUGCACUUCAUAUAUGUGCGGCGUGCACAGUGGAGACGACGCUGGAGAGGCCGAGAAGCGCUGGCAGAAGCGCUGCAUGUGCUGCUUCCACGCCUUCACUUGCCAUAAGACGGUGGAGUACGAGGGAGACGACGAUGUCUUCGAGACGCUUGGGCGCGUGCUGGGCAAGUUCUUCGUCGUCAGAUAUAAGACGAACAGAUACGAAGGUCUGAGCUUCACGGAUCUAAAGUUUAGCUUGGACUUGGUGUCCAAGGUCCAGAAGAAAGAGCGCGAAGAGGAGGCAGAGCGUAAGGCUGAAUUGGCAGCACAGGGGAUCCCGACCGUGAAGCACUUCGCCCCCGAUGAGGAGGAGAAGAGGCUCAGCGACUUGGCCUUCUACUGCAGACUGGCUAUUGGCAUCUACGGCUGGCCGAUCUACGUGUGGUACUCGCCGUGCUACUGGUUCCGCGUCUUCGGGUGCUUCAAGAAACCUCUGGGGGAACAGGUCUUCGAGCACGACAACUUCGUGCACGGCAACCGCGCCAGCUUCGUCAACUACACUGGCGUCAACGACUCGGAUCUCGUGUACCUCAACUGCUACAACUUCGUCUUCCAGGCGCCGUACUGCAUCGUCAAGGACAAGACGCGCAAGGAGCUCAUCAUCAGCGUGCGCGGCAGCAUGUCCUUCUACGACUUCGUGACGGACGGCUUGGCGCAGAUCGUGCGCAUGGAACCCAGCGAGCUGCCGGACGACAUCCCGUACUCUUUUGACACGCGGACGCACUAUGGAAUGCUGCGUACGGCUCGUCAGAUCUUCAAGGACUUGCAGGAGGGCACUCGCAAGGCCGUCUUCUGGAACUUCGCGAUGGCCAACUGCUCUGGCGAGGCUCUAAUGGACGACGACUGGAAGGUUGUGGUCUGUGGCCACUCGAUGGGCGCUGGCGUUGGCUGCAUCCUCGCCAUCUUGCUCCGCAAGGUCUUCCCCAACACGAAGGCGUUCUUGUAUGCGCCGCCGCCGCUGUUUGACCCCGAGACGGCGGAAUGGACCAAAUCGUUUGCCACCACUGCAGUGUACGGCGAUGACAUCGUUCCUCGACUAUCCAUUGCCAACAUGGCUACGCUGCGUGACGAGAUGGCUGUCCACUACGAUGCCGUGGCUACGGAGCCGCUGUACAAGGUGAAGUAUGGCGUCCACGGCAAGUUGAAAGACCUGAAGCAAGAGCGUCAGCAGCCGGUGGCAGCCGCAGGACCUGAUCCAAGCAUGCGCGAAACUUUCGGCAGACUGCCGACAGUAUUGGAGAACUCCAACACGGGCACGACGGUGGUGGACACGAGUUCGGGCUCCUUCGUCAACUCCAACUCGUUCGUCAACGUCAACGGCACACCGACGGACUUUGCGUCAUCGGGGCUCAACGUCAUUAAUCGCCCCUCACGCGAUCUGAGCGACGCCACGAUGAUCACGCUGCCCCAGGAAGACUUCACGCAAGAGGUGGACGUGCCCGGAGAGAUCGUCCACAUUACGACGGUCAAGAUGGCGCGUCGCUGCGGCUGCACCGUGUUCUUGGGCGAGCAGAAGCUGCAGUACACGCUGCGCGACGCGAGUUACUUCCGUCGCAUCUGGGUCACGCCGCGCUCGCUGCAGGACCACAUGGUGCACCACUACGACCGCAAGAUCCGCUACCUCGUGAGCGACUGCAUGGACUUCGAAACCCCAGUAGCAGCCCACCGUACGAGCGCCAGCACCAGUACCAGACCCUUGUGGAUCGAUGACAGUGAUGCCACCGUCGAUGGCAAGGACAAGACGCCCGGCACGCCUCAGACGGACUACAAGGAGAUCGCCGCCGUCGUGUAA